AUGAGGACCAUGAAGAAAGGCGCUCUACUACUCGUUCUUGAAGACCCAAUUCUCGUCGCCAAGUUACAGAAAAUCCCUCGCAAACGCAAUCCACCAACACGCCGCGUAGGUAGCACAGCGGAGAAGGUCGACCCUUGCAAACCAACGAGGAAGUUACUCAGUCUUGUCCGAAUCGUAUAG